CUUAGCAAAGUCCAACCUAAAAAAACAGUCUCACCUUCCUUCACUUCUUGAUCAUCAACAACCCUUCACCAUCUUCAUGGCCUCCUUCUCCUCCUCCACCAUGAUCAAGCUCCUCCAUGAAGCUCUAAUGAUCCCUACCAAGAACUUGAACCUCAUCCUCCCACUCACCAUCUUCUCCCUUCUCUCCUCCUCUCUCCUCUUCCUCUUCAACUACCUUUCCAUCACCCCCAUCCUCUUCUCCAUCUCCAUCAACCUCCAUGUCUUUCGCUCCACCGGUAUCAUUAAUACCGAUACCACUAAACAUGCCAUCCUCAUCUCAUCCAUCAAGCAAUCCAUCAAGCAACUCUUUCUAUUUGAAUCCAUCUUUCUUCUCAUCUCCUUCAUCAUCUUCUCUUUCAUCCAUACUUCCAUUCUCCAUUCUUCCUCAUUGACCUACUUAGCCAAGCAACCAACACUCCAAGAUUUGCUAACAAAGAUCAACAAGUCAUGGAAGAGACCACUCACAACUCAACUCAUUGUUUCCAUGCUAAACUUAUCUUUCAUGUUCUUUGUGGUGUUCAUUCUUGGCCUAUGUUUCCUCAUAUCCAUCAAUGGCUCAUUCAUCAUCUUAGUUUUCGGUGUUGCUAUUGCCUUUUUGUUGCUUUAUCUCUACAUUCACCUAUCUCUAACAUGUUCAAUGGCCGUAGUGAUAUCAGCAUUGGAGGAAGGAUAUCGAGGGACGUCGUCGGUUAUAAAUCGAGCAGCAGAAUUGAUCAAAGAGAGGAAGAAGGAAGGAUUAGUGAUCAGUAUGGUGAAUGCAUUGGCCACCUUUGGUUAUUAUGGAACAUAUACUUAUUCUACAUUGUAUGUACCUCAGAUCACAUAUUCUCCAUUAGCAAAUGGGUUGAUCUUUGUUAAUGUGAGCACAGUAUUGAGCAUGAUGGUGUUGUCUGGGUACAUUGUGUUUUACUAUGAGUGUAAAAGAAGUCAUGGAGAUGAAGAAAUGGCAAUGAAAGGUUGAGAUAGAUAACUUGUGUUUUGGACUAA